AUGUUAGCAGCAGGAGACCCACAUGACAGGAUGGUGUGCUGUGGGCAAUUUGGGGGCACGCCGUCUUGGAUGCAAGAGGCAAAAGACAUCCCUCCCCAGAAGGAGAAGCAGCUGACUUUCCCAUCUGGCUUUGUUCAAGGAGGCAUCAUGAAAUCCAUGAGUCAAGUCCGUAAAGGCUACGGCUCCUGCUCUCCUUCGCCUCCUGGGAACGGUUUGGAUCACCGGGGGAUGCUCUUACCGAUCUCUCUGGGGUUUGUGAUGUUUGCAUCAUCAUGCCUGACAGCUGUCUCCCUUUACCAUGUCAUUGCGUUAAAAACAGAACUUGCCCUUCUGAGCAGCAAACUGAACUGCAAGGUCCAGACGAGGACAUCGUUUCCCGUGUCUCUGGACCAGAUCCAAGAGCUCAGGGACCUCCUUCCCCGCUUGAAGGUGGCCGAAGCAGCUUCUCACCAGGGAGUCUCAUCUGCCUUGCAUCGAAGCAGUCAAGCGAUAACGUGGAGCAGAAACAGAAGGAAAAGGUCUCUGCCACAAGUUGGCGAAACAAUCCUACAGCCAUGUCUACAAAUGAUGGCGGAUAGCACAAGCAAUGUUCAGCAGCAAGAUGAUUCAAGUAUAGUUCCGUGGCUGCUUAGCUUUAAAAGAGGAACAGCCCUGCAAGAACAAGGGAAUAAAAUUCUGGUGAGAGAGACUGGCUACUUUUUCAUAUAUGGCCAGGUUUUGUACACGGACGAGCUGUUUGUGAUGGGUCACUUAAUCCAGAGGAAGAAAGCCAACGUGGUUGGCGACGACCUCAGUUUGGUGACGUUAUUUCGUUGCAUCCAAAACAUGCCUCAGGCACACCCAAACAACUCUUGCUACACUGCUGGCAUUGCGAGGUUAGAAGAAGGAGAUGAGCUUCAACUGACCAUACCCCGGAGAGGAGCCAAGAUCGCCUUGGACGGAGACGCCACCUUUUUUGGAGCCGUCAGACUUCUGUGACGCUCUCCGGUUC